UCAAAGCCCGAAGAAUGGCGCUUUCAACUUAUUGAAAUAUUUAACUUAUGCAGUUUUUAUUCGUUUUUUUUUGCGUUACAGUAUCGCAAUAAUAAUAUAAGUUAUCAAUAAAGAUUGUGUUAUGUUAGUUGAUUUUUUAAAAGACGAGUAUGCCGCCAAAAAGGGCCCAAAAGAAAGGUCGAACUACAAAUCAGCUUCAAUUUUUAUUAAAGACUGUAAUGAGGCAGAUUCAAAGACACCAAUUUGCAUGGCCUUUUGCUAAACCAGUAGAUGCUGUUAAGCUUAAAAUUCCGGAUUAUUAUGAAAUUACAAAACGACCUAUGGACUUUGGCACUAUUAAAAAAAAGCUUGAGCAUAAUGAUUAUACUUGUGCCAAAGAAUGCAUUGAAGAGUUCAAACUUGUUUUUACUAACUGUUAUGGUUACAAUAAACCAGGAGAGGACAUUGUUAUAAUGGCAGAAGUUCUUGAAAAGUUUUUUGACGAAAAACUUUCAAUGAUGCCACCUGAAGAAUAUGAAAUAAUCAAAGGGGCGAAAACUGUUGUGAAAGCAGCUACAUCCACAAGUGAAUCAGGAGAACCUGUUUCAAAAAAAUCUAAAAUUUCAAAACCUUGUUCUAUAGCUGCUGAUACAACACAGCCAUCUUUGAUGUUACCUCUUCCGUUAUUACCUUCAGCAACUCUUUCUCUUACUACACCUUCUAUAAAUAGAACUGAAAUGACUAGUCCUCAAUCCAAUGUCACAUCAACAGUGCCUUCUACACCAGUAUUGCUCUCCCCUAAAGCUCAUAUACCUGGUAAAUCAGGUGUAAAGAGAAAAAAGGCUGACACUACUACUCCUGGAAUGACAAUGUUAUCUUUAGAAACUACACCUCUUAUGGCAGCUAAAAUUCCUGCAAGAAGAGAGUCAUCUAAUCGAACAAUUAAAAAACCUACACGAGAACUUCCUGGUGAACAAGAAAAUUCUAUUCUCAAACGAAAUACUUUGCAAGAUCAGUUGACUGUACUUCCACUUGGUAAAAAGAAAUUUAAACUUACUGAACAACUUAAAUACUGCAAUAUGUUAAUCAAGGAAAUGCUUUCAAAAAAACAUGAAGCCUAUGCCUGGCCUUUUUAUAAACCAGUGCAGGCAGAGGCUCUUGGUCUUCAUGAUUAUUUUGACAUUAUAAAAAAACCUAUGGAUCUUGGAACUGUUAAGUUUAAAAUGGAUUGUAGAGAAUAUUCUUCGCCCUCUGAUUUUGCUACUGAUGUAAGACUAAUAUUUACAAACUGUUAUAAAUAUAAUCCACCUGACCACGAUGUUGUAAAAAUGGCUCGCAAACUUCAGGAUGUUUUUGAAUAUAAAUUUGCAAAAAUGCCUGAUGAACUGUGUUCACCAGUAGCAAUAUCUGCAUCCUCAACAACAAAUAUUAUUAAAUCUCGACCAUCUAAAUCGAAAUCUGAUUCUGAAGAAGAAUCAGAUGAUAAAGAAUCGAGUAUUGAAUCAGAAGAUAGUGAGGCUGAACGUAAACAUAAACUUUCUUUACUUGAAGCUCAACUAAUAUCUGUUCAUGAACAAUUGUCUAAGCUUACGAAAGUAGAAAAAGAACGUAAAACUGAAAAAAGUUCUACCAAAAAAAGGAAGGACAAGUCAAAAGAACGAAAAACCUCAAAAGAUAAAAAUAAAGAUAAAAAGGACAAAAAUGAAAUAAAAUUAACUGAUAUGAUUAAAAGCAAAAAGAAAGAAAAAACUAAAGAUAAAAAACUGCUAGUCACAGAUUCAUCGUCCCAAGAUUCACCCCUCAAAACAUUCAAUAAAGCUGAUAAAAAGAAAGAAAUUAAAACCAAAACCUCUGCACCAAAAAAAAAAUCUGCAUCAGAAAGGUCAAAAAAGAGCAAAAUAGCAGCAAAAAAAGGUGAGCUUCCUGAAGACAGCGAAGAUGAGGAAAUCCGAGCAAUGACUUAUGAUGAGAAGCGACAAUUAAGCCUUGAUAUUAAUAAGCUGCCAGGAGAUAAACUUGGUAAAGUUGUUCAUAUUAUUCAGUCAAAGGAGCCUAGUUUGAAAGGAAAUAAUCCUGAUGAAAUUGAAAUAGACUUUGAAACAUUAAAGCCUGCGACUCUUCGUGAACUUGAGAAAUAUGUAAACUCUUGCGUUAAAAAAAAGAAAACAACUCCUAUUAAAAAACCAAAAUCUGCAGAAGAUCGAGGUGCAUUGCAAGCGAAAAAAAAAGAAGAAUUAGAAAAACGACUUCAAGAUGUUAGCGGUAAACUUCAAGCUGUUACACCCAAAAGUAAACCUAAAUCUAAAGAUGUAGUAUCUGCUGAGCCUAAGACAUCACGCUUAUCUGAGAGCAGUACUUCGAGUGGGAGUUCAAGCAGUUCAAGUUCAGAUUCUAGCAGUGGCUCCAGCUCUGAUAGUAGUUCUGAUUCUGAAAAUAAUGAUGGAGAAAAGUUAAAAAAACCACAUGUUAAAAAACCCCAAGAACUUAAGCAUAAGAGUAUUGGUAAUGUAAUGGAAGAUCUAAAGGAUACUGAUAAACCACCUGCAGUUAUGUUAUCUCCUAAAACGAAUGCUGUUGUCACUAGUAAUUCAUUUGUUAAUAUUCCAUCGAGACCCGCUCCACUACAAGCAAUCUCACAAAAUACGCCAAAAACAUUAAUUUUACCUCAAAACAAUUCGAAUGUAGUAAAAACUGUAACAAAGCCUACUACUAGUUCAAUGUUACAACCUACUUCUAAUAAUUUACUUGUUGGAGGUUUAAAAACUCAAUUUUCUGAUAUAACACCUAAAAUAACAAAUAAAACUCCUGUUUCUACGCCUACUUCUAGCUUAUCGACUGUUGGUUCUAACGAUUCUUCGAAAAUAUCUUUUGGCAUUAUUGACGAUAGCUUGCUUUCAAAAACUAUGCCAAAAUCAAAACCUGAAUUAUUAAAAACUGUGGUAUCCACUGAAAAUUCAAAAAAUGGCGGUACUCUAAAACAUGUUAGUUCUUGGGGUACACCUUUUAAUUCAGUUAAGAAUGCAACAAAACUUGACCAAACCAACAAAGCUGCCAGUUUCGAGCAAUUUCAAAAGUUGGCAAAAGAUAAAGAAGAUAAAGAAAAAGCGGCUAAAAUGGUAGAGGAGCAAUUAAAACGUCAAAAAGAACGCGAAGAAAUGGAUAGGCUGCGCUUGAUUGAAGAAAAAAAGAGAGAGAAGGAAGAAGAAGAAGCUUUAGAGCGCGCUAGACGACAACAAGAGGAGAAUGACCAAAAAAAGAGAGAGUUAGAAAGAAUGAAAGAACAAGAACGAAGAAAAAGACAAGCGCUUGCUGGCACUAUUGAUAUGACAUUACAGAGCGACAUUAUGGGAGACUUUGAAGCAACGUUAUAAUUUUCUUACGAAAUCAAUAAAUUCCAAAGAUGCGGGGUUUAUCAUUGUUUUAAUCCUGUUGCAGAAUUCGGUUUGUAAAUAUUGUGCAAUCUGUUAUAAAGAGAACAGCCUCGCUUUCUUUGAUCACGGAUUUUAUUUAUGUUGAAAACUCUUGACGUGGCUGUCGUUGAAAAUUCUCCAACUUGUUGAAAAUAUAUCCAAUUAUUUUUUAAAUAAAAUCUUUUGUGGUUUUUAAAUAUGAGGCGUGCGCACGAACCUUUUAAAUUGUUCGUCUACUAAUUCAAUUUGUUUCAACAUAAUUUUGCCUUAAAAAUUUGCGUUUUUUAAGUCAUAAGUAUGCGCUAAAAAAAAACUAUAUUUAUAAGUCAUUUAGAAAUCAUAACAACGAGGACUUUUUUUUUUUCCUGCAGUUGUUAAACGAUUUCGGUGUGGCAAGUUUAUUAUAAAGGACAUGAAUGUGUAGAUAUUUUUGAAACUGAAAAGUUUUAAAGUGAUAUAAUUAGCAAAAA